UAUAUACUCUCAUGAGUCUCUGAUAUAUACUAACUUAUAAACACCCCCCAAAAUAUAAAUAAAAACAAAAACAAAAAAAGAUCUACUCUUUCUCUCUCUGUCUAAACUGUAAAGUCUAAUCGUAAUCUCAAAUCCCUGCCAGUCAAUCAAACCAAAAUUCUCAUACAGACUGAAAAUCUGAGCAGAAAGCAAAGCACCAGCCUCUUUUAUUUUAUUUUUUUGAUAAUAAUAAAGAAAGGAUGAGAACAGAGAAGGGUAAUCAUCAGGAAGACGAGGAGUACGAGGAUGAAGAUUUCACCUCCAAGAAGGAUGCCGCUUCUUCCACGCCUAACAACAACAACAACACCAACACGGCCACCACCAACAACAACAACAAAGAUGCUAAGAACAAUGAUAAGGCUAGUGCCAUACGAUCGAAACAUUCAGUCACAGAGCAGCGGAGGAGGAGCAAAAUCAACGAGAGAUUCCAGAUAUUGAGAGAUCUUAUACCCAAUAGUGAUCAAAAGAGAGAUACAGCAUCAUUCCUAUUAGAGGUGAUUGAGUAUGUUCAAUAUUUACAAGAAAGGGUACAGAAGUAUGAGGGUUCUUACCAGGGAUGGAGUUCUGAGCCCACAAAGUUGAUGCCAUGGAGAAAUAGUCACUGGCGUGUUCAGAAUUUUGUUGGUCACCCUCAAACCAUAAAAAAUGGUUCUGGUCUGGGGACAACGUUUCCUGGGAAGUUUGAUGAGAAUAAUGUCUCUAUAACCCCAACCAUGCUUACAAGCACUCAGAAUCCUGUAGAAUCCGAUCCUAGCAGAGAUAUCACCUGCAAACCUAUGGAUCGACAACCAGAGUUAGCAAACAAGGGAUUACCUCUGCCCAUCCCUCUGCAGGCAAACGUGCCUAUUUCUGUCAGAGGUGAUGGUGUGCAAGCCCAUCCUCAUCAGGGAUUGGUUUCUGAUGCACAAUCAACUCAGUCUCCCAUGACCAGUGAAACACUGAACCAACAGGAGGAGCUGAUAAUUGAAGGGGGAACAAUUAGCAUCUCAAGUGUUUACUCUCAAGGGUUAUUGAACACUUUGACACAAGCACUGCAGAGUGCAGGUGUUGAUCUAUCACAGGCCAGCGUCUCAGUGCAGAUUGAUCUUGGGAAGCGAGCAAAUAGAGGGAUGACUUCUGGAACAUCAAUUGCUAAGGAUCAUGAGAAUCCCCCAUCUAGCCUCCAAGCAAUGACACAUCUUACUGAUGCUGGCAGCAGAGAGGGCUCAGAUCAAGCUCAAAAGCGGCUAAGAACAUAAAACUAGUAUGGGAAUUUCAUGAAUCUUCUCUUUCUCCUAGAUUUCUUAUUUACUUUCUAUAGAGCCAGCUCCUGGUUAUUGUACAUGCUGUGUCUUCAGUUAUCUUGAGUUUUUACACUUUCCAUGGGAUCCGUGACCCAAACUGCUCCAUAAAUUACAAAUUCUUUUUUGGGGAGUUCCUUCUA